AUGAACGUUCAAACAGGUGUAUUAAAACAAACGAUUUACCAUGUCAAGGCAUUGAUGAAGAAACGACAAAUUAAAAGCACUGGAAAGGAUUUAUUUGAUCUUGUCUGCGGUACUUUCGGCCUUAGGGAGACCUGGUAUUUCGGGUUGCAGUCGUACAUUCUCGUCAGUGAUGGAAGUGUGAAGUACCUUAAUUGGCUUAAGCCAGACAAGUUUUCUUACUUUUUCCAUGCCAAAUUUUAUCCCGAAGAUGUUGAACAUGAGCUAAUUCAGCCCAUUACAAAGCAUUUAUUUUAUCUUGAGGUGAAAGAUAAAAUUGAGAACCGCGGACGUCUUAGUCACCUCGGUGAUGCCGCAUUUAUACAACAGUCAUUGGAGGCAGCAAUCCAUCUUACUGUUCUUUCAGCACAGAUUGAAUUUGAAGACUUUGGAGAUAAUGAGAUGGAGGAUGAAACGGAACAGCUGGCUCUGUCAAAACGAUUACUUCGGCUUCUUCCUAAAUAUCUCUCAAUUAAUGUUCAAGUUAAUAACUCCAUAGCACAACGCCUCAAAGAAUGCUACAUGAACAAUAGAGGUCUAUCAAGGUCUGUCUUAUGUGAUGAAAGCGACGACGACGACGGUAGCAGCAGCAGCAGCAGCUCCGAUACCGACGAUGAUGGUGACAGUUCUGAGGACGACAAGGAGUCUAGCAAUGACGAAGUCGACGAUUCCGAUGGUGAAGAAUUGGACGCUCAACUCGAACAGGUCUUGCUUGCCCGCAAAGCCUCUGCCAAGGCUCUGAAGAAACCGGGUGCUAAGCGCAACUGGAUGGCAGCAAAUAUCAAAAAGGGAAAGAAAAGACCUUCUGGAACCAUGCCUAAAGUUUUGCCGGUUCCUACAAAGCGCAGGAAGUAA